AUGUUGGACUCCCACCUGAGCAACACGCUCGUGAGCAGGUCGUCCAGCGGCAUAUCAGACGCGUCAAGCGCUUCCACUGCGACCUUCGUGACUGCUCUCGUCUUCAAUGCGAUAGUCUUUGGCGGCGAGCUCGCUGCCUUUACACUCCUUAGACCUUACUUCCCUGCCAUAUACCAACCGCGCACAUACGUACCUCCGGAGGAAAAACGUGCAAAGAAUCUCACAUCAAACAUCCUACUAUGGCCGUACGUGGUUGUAAUGGCGAAUUACGGCGACAUCAAGGCUGUCAAUGGACUCGACGCCUACUUCUUUGUGCGCUUCUUGCGCAUGAUGGUCCGCGUCCUGAUUCCUAUCUGGCUUAUUUCGUGGAUCAUUCUCCUUCCUGUUGACUCAGUCGGCACCAGCUCAGGCACGAGUGACAGUCUGACCCAGUUCGAAUUUGGAAACAUCGGUAGGCACCAGCAAUCUCGUUUGUGGGCCCAUUUAGUGUUGGCCUGGGUCUUCACCGUCUGGAUUUGGUGGAACAUCAAUCACGAAAUGAGCCACUUCGUGACGACUCGCCAGCGAUGGUUAAUCGACCCUGCGCAAGCGUCCUCAGCGCAGGCGAAUACAAUACUUGUUACUGGAGUUCCGCAGCGGUAUCUUACCGAGUCCGCGCUCAAGGAACUCUUCUCGCAUCUUCCUGGCGGCGUUUCCAAGGUUUGGCUCAACCGGGACCUCAAGGAAAUGCCCGACUUGCAUGAGCGCAGGGUGACGGCAUGCAAAGUCUUGGAAUCUGCUGAGACGUCGCUCAUGAACACUGCCGUCAAGAUCCGGAACAAGCAGCAGAAGAAGGCGGCAAAGGCAGCGAAGAAAGCUGGUGACAAGAGUGGUGAUACCGAUCGGAAUGCGAACCUUGCUGAGAAGCUUGUCCCGCGCAAGAAGCGCCCCACAUAUCGUCUACCCAUUUUGUCCUUCCUCCCCUCGCUCCCCCUGAUUGGCAAGAAGGUGGAUGCCAUCGAAUGGGCCCGCGAGGAGAUUGUCAUCACGAACACCGCCUUGCGCGAGAGCCGACGUGCCCUCGCGAGGGAGCCGGACCCGAACAGCUCGCAACUGUAUCCGCCGCUCAACUCGGCCUUCGUGCUAUUCGAUCGGCAGAUUGCAGCACACAUGGCGGCGCAGACACUCACCCAUCACGCGCCAUACCGUAUGGCCGAGAAGCACAUUGGUCUCGCGCCAGACGAUGUCAUCUGGAGCAACCUCAACAUGAACCCCUAUGAGGCGAAAGUCCGGACGGCGAUCGCUUGGGGCUUCACGCUUGGCCUGAUCAUUCUCUGGGCGUUCCCUGUUGCUUUUAUCGGUGCGGUCAGCAACAUUCACUCGCUUUGCGCUACGUAUGGCUGGCUGGCAUGGGUUUGCAAACUGCCGCCGGUCAUCGUCGGUAUCAUUUCCGGUAUCUUGCCCCCUACACUGUUGGCGGUCCUCAUGAUGCUCUUGCCCAUUGUCUUGCGGCUGGUUGCGCGUUUCGAGGGCAAGACAACGCGGUCGGCUGUUGAGCUGAGUCUGAUGACGCGCUACUUCCUGUUCCAAGUGAUCCACUCGUUCUUGAUCGUUACACUGUCUUCUGGUAUCAUCGCAGCGCUGCCGCAACUGGUGGAGGAUACAAGCUCAAUCCCUGCGUUGCUCGCGAAUAACCUGCCGAAGGCGUCCACAUUCUUCCUCACGUACAUCAUCCUACAGGGACUGUCUGGGACGGCAUCAGGCUUCCUUGUGAUAGUCCCUCUGGCCAUCUACUAUGUCAAGUUGUUCCUGAUGGGAAGUACCCCUCGCUCGAUUUACAACAUCAAGUACCAGUUGCGAUCAGUACAAUGGGGUACGACGUUCCCGACUACCACGCUACUCGUCGUCAUCACUUUGGCGUACAGCGUCAUCUCGCCGAUUAUCAACGGCCUGGCCGUUGCGACGUUCUUCUUGUUCUAUCAAUUGUGGAAGUAUAUGUUCCUCUGGCAGCUCGGACAGCCCCGUGCGACGGAGACCGGUGGUCGGUUCUUCCCUAAGGCCAUUCAGCACAUCUUCGUUGGGCUGUACUUGCAGCAGAUCUGUCUUGCCGCGCUCUUCUUCCUCGCGCAGGAUGCAAGCAACAUGGCGAGCGCGAUUCCCGAGGGCGCGUUGAUGAUAGUGUUGAUCGCAUUCACAGCCUUCUUCCACAUUAUCAUCAACAACUCCUACGGGCCGCUUAUUGACUACGUACCGCUCACGCUUGCGGGCCAAGACAUCAAGCACAGUGACGAGAACCGCGAGGCGACUGAACAGGCACUCAAGGACAACGCGUCCGUCCACAGUGUGGACGUCUCCCAGCAGGAGAAGUCACACCAGCAGGAUGCGUCGGAGGGCUCGAAGAGCGGUCAGACGCGCGCGGAGGACCUCGAGGACGCCGAGCGUGGCGCUCCUGAAUCACUAGAGGACAGCAUUCGUGGCGUGGACGAGGAAGCAGGGCCGAAGGACUUCUACCACCCGGCGAGCGUGGCGCCGCAGCCGACGAUCUGGAUGCCGCAGGACCCGCUGGGCCUUGCGGAGGCGGAGGAAUCGGUGAACAAGGAAAAGGGCAUCAAGGUGUCCGUAAGGGACGCCCUUAUGGAUGAUCAGGGACACGUCGAUAUCUCGGGGGCACCCCCUGAAGAUUAGGUGCUCCGUUCUGGACCUCUCAAGUGCAGGCGGGACAACCCUCGCCUUGUCUCGCGUCGCCUCUGCUAUCCUUGUUAUUUUUGAGUCUAUCAUAUGUCAUAGAGGACUGGAGACCCCGAUGCAAGCUAGCAGGGCCCUCUCCAGCGAUGGACGUCCGCAUUUUUGUAUCGACGACUCGUCUGCGUACUCCUAGUUUCCGCCCCUUUUCAGUCGCUAUCACAUAGCAAUUACAGUCCCUAUGGUACCCUAUGAUCUGCCUACACGCCUUCUUUCUUUGUUUAUUGCGUGUUCCUAGUGUACUUGUACGUUUGCUUGCCGCGCGUCGAUAUCCAACAUGUAGUUCAUAGCACUUAGUUUGCUCAUAUACCCUUUUCAUGUCAUUAAUUUCAUACACCUGC